AUGUCGCUGACGCGAACGCGCGUGGCCCGGAUCAAUUUUAGAACAACCGACCAUCCCACCAUGAGUAAUCCAGAUAAAUCAGAAGAUCACCUCGGAGACGUAGCAACGCGACCGUCUUGGUUGGACACGCAACUUAUUCGACAAGCGCUGCGCAACGGCGGAGAGGAGAACCCUGUAGUUGCGUCGAUUUCCGUGAGGCACGCUGUCGCCCCCGGAGAAAACUACAUCAGCACAGUCUACCGAGUGAUGGCAACUCUAUCUGAUGGAAGGCAACGUCAUUUCAUCAUCAAGGGUCCAGCAAUAGGGGGAAUGUCCGAAAUGGCCAAGGGUACCUGUGUUUUCCAACGAGAAAUCGACAUGUUCACCGACUACAUCCCUAAAAUGGAGCUCUCCCACGUUUCGUCCCCGGCCAUCGAUGUGCUGCACGUCUUCUCCAACAGCUUGAGCGACGACGUGGAUGAGCACCACCAACCCUUCCUGCUGCGCGAGUACCACUUCGAGCUGAAGACCACCUUGGAACUCCUGGGGCAUGAGGCGCCUUCCCCUGCGUGGCUGGAGCGCUCGCUGGACGCGCACGGCGCCUACGCCGUCUUCACCGCCCUGGAGACGCCGCUGGUGAAGGCGGAGCGCGGCGUGGACGUGGCGGCGCUCAGCGGCGGCGACUGCGCGUCCUUCCUGCGCCUCCUGCGCACGCCGCCCCUGCGCCGACGCAUGCAGCGCAAGCUCGAGGACUACGCGCGCAGGGGCUGGCUGCCCGCGUGACGACGGACGGCAGUUUUUGUGUGUGUCUGUGGGACGAUCGCUCUAAGACGGAACGGAAAGACUGCGGAAUGUGCGUGGUCCCGCGCAAUAGGUCGGGACGGGACGGGAAGGGAUGGGACUGG